AUCUUACAAGGUGCUAUGAAAUAGAACGAAGAUGAACAAAAAGAAGUCUCAUUCUUCUUCGAAGCAGAACUAUCAUCAAAGACAAACGUCGGUGGUGAAAGCGAGAAAAAAGCUCAAUGCUUUGUGCGACCAAGUUUUUCACAUCUACUUUAUCAGGUCACACGAGGGUGGGGAUCAACGUUUGCGAUACUUAUCGUCGGAUUAAGCAAUUUCUUGUCCAAUAACUGGGUGAGCUGCGAUCCUGCGUAUGACACACAGCUAUGGGAUUAUUAUAUGAAUAUCACACCAAGUUUAAUACUAAUUACCUACAACACUAGUUAUUUACAACCGAUGAAGACAAAGCUAUCAAAACAAUCCCGGGGGGUUGGACAAUUCAUGAGCUGGCUGAAAGAGAAUGAUGUUAACGUAGAUGGAGCAAGUAUAGUUGGAUUUACAGGAUACGACUUAGGUCUAAGGGCAGAACGUGAUUUUUUAGAGAAUGAACUUAUUUUGGAAAUACCUAGGAAACUUAUAUUUAGUACUCAAACAGCUGCCCCUGAGUUAGAAAGUUUUCAACGUGAUCCAUUGAUACAACAAAUGCCACAAGUGGCAUUAGCCAUUGCUUUGCUCAUUGAAAAGUAUAAAGAAAAUUCAAAAUGGAAAUCUUAUUUUGAUAUUCUUCCCACUAGUUAUAAUACAGUACUCUAUAUGAAUCUGCUUGAAAUGAAGGAGCUUAAAGGCAGUCUAACAUUAGAAACUGCUUUGAAACAAGUCAGAAAUAUUACACGACAAUACACUUAUUUUAAUAGAGUUUUUCAAAAUGGAAACGAUGCAGUAUCUAAUUUGCUCAGGGAUUUUUUUUCUUAUGACGAUUAUAUUUGGGCCGUUUCUACAGUAAUGACAAGACAAAAUUUAAUCCCAAGUGAAGAUGGAUCCAGUAUGAUACAUGCUUUGAUACCAAUGUGGGAUAUGUGUAAUCAUGAAGAAGGAAGGAUAACUACAGGUUUUAAUACAACUUCUGAUUGUUGCGAAUGUUAUGCCAUGAGAGAUUUUAAAAAAGGAGAACAGAUAUUCAUCAGUUAUGGUUCAAGAACUAAUUCCGAUUUUCUAGUACAUUCAGGAUUCGUUUGUCUAGAAAAUAAAAAGGAUGGCGUUAGACUACCUCUUGGUAUCAGUAAAUCAGAUCCACUUAGAAAAGAACGUAUUGAGCUUUUAGAAAAAUUAGGGUUACCGGCGACCGGUGACUUUUUAUUAAAAGCUGGCACUGAACCAAUUUCGGAUUCACUUCUGGCAUUUCUUCGUGUCUUUAACAUGAGAAAAAUAGAACUUACCCAUUGGUUGAAAUCGGAUAAAGUUACUGAUUUAAAACAUGUUGAUUGUGCUUUAGAUACCAUUGUCGAAGAAAACGUGAUGAAGUUUUUAUUAGACAGAUUAAAAUUGCUAAUUGCUAAAUAUCCUUCAACAAUAGAGGAGGACUUAGAGAAACUCAAUACCAGAUUACCGAAGAUGCAACGCUUGAUCGUACAAUUGAGAGUAUCCGAAAUGAAAAUUUUAUUGAGCGCACUCGAUUAUGUAGGACAAUGGUUAAAAGUCUGAAAAAUGAGAGCCACAAAGAUGACAAAUGAGGAAAUGACUAUCUUCUACUAUUGUCAUAUGAAGAAUCUCUCUCUCUCUCUCUCUCUCUCUCUCUCUCUCUCUCUCUCUCUCUCUCUCUCUCUCUCUCUCUCUCUCUCUCUCUCUCUCUCUCUCUCUCUCUCUCUCUCUCUCUCUCUCUCUCUCUCGAAUGUAAUUUUAUUUUUACAGUUACAAGUUAUCUCUAUAAUACUUCGGGAUGAUAAAAGCCGGAUGAAAAGCCGGAGGAAAAAAUCUUUGCAAUAUGAUAAAACUAGGAUAAGAAAACGGAGAGAAAAUGAAAACGAGAAUCAAUGUUAAAUGCAUUUAACAGAAAAAAAAACAAAAAAAAA